AUGUGGCUGCUUCAACAGAAGUAUAAUUGGCGAUAUGGAAUCCCUACACCAUAUCAGUUAAAAGAUGAAACUCAACCUAAACUUACUAUGCGUACAAUACAUCAUGAUUCAAUAGAUUUUUAUACUUUAACAUGUACAAGAAGAAAUCCAGAGACUUCAAAAGUUCCCUUAAAGGGUAAGUUCAUAAUAGUUCAUGGAUAUAGUGAACAUUCAUUGAUGUACCUACGAUUAAUGGAAUUUUUAUUAUCAUUAGGCUAUGAAAGUCUUAUAUUUGAUCAACGUGGGAGUGGUAGAACAUCUUUAUUUCAAGAUAGAGGUGUAACUGGUAAGAACCUGGAAUUAGUAUUAAAUGAUGUAAGUCAUAUGAUGGAGGACUUUUUCGGAUUUAAUGAUGAUCCAAAUUCAAAAAAUUCAAAUAUUACUUAUAAUUUAAUUGGUCAUUCUAUGGGGGGUGGAAUAGCUCUAACAUAUUUACAUAAAGGUAAAUAUAAAGAUCUUAUAGAUAGAGCUAUUGUGUCUUGUCCCUUAUUAAGACCUCAUAAAUCUUUAGAACCUCAUUCAUUCUUGUAUAAUAUUCUCAUAUUCUUUGCAUAUUACUUUCCCCAAACUAGAUAUUUUGGUGAUAUUCCCAAGCAUUAUAAAGAGAUGCAAACUUUAACAUCUUCACCAGAAUGGCAACAAUAUCUUUAUAAUGAAUUACUAUGCAGAGAUGGAGGAACUUAUGGUCAAAUAAGUCAAAUGAUGCAAAGAGGUAAAGCACUUUUAGAUGAAGAAAUGAAUUAUAAUCCUAAUUUAAAAUUACUAGUAUUACAAAGUAAUUCAGACUUGAUUGUUAGUGAAGAAGCCGUUGAAUCAUUCUUUAAUAGAUUAAAUUUAAAAAAUAAAUCAUUCAUAAAAUGA